ACGGAAGUGACUGCGAGACACUUAUGGCGGCGCGCUGUCCUGUUCCUGUUUUGCUUGAAAGCUGUGUUGACGGCGUCUAGUUGGGACUUUUGCAUAUUUCGUCAACGAAACUAAGCAAGUGGAGUGUGGCGAAAGUGGGAUUUGAACUGAGCACACGAUUGCCAUUGGCCAGUGUCUACUCGACCUGCAGGUUCGGGAGGGAAGAGACUGUACCAUGCUGAAAACCAGUCACAGCUUACUUGGCAUUCGCACUUUCGUCGGAGUGACAUCUAGAAUAUGGGGGUUUAUUCUGUACAUACUCAGGAAGCAUUUACGGACGGUAAUCCAGUACCAAACAGUGCGUUAUGACACAUUACCUCUGUCGCCUGUGUCCAGAAACAGACUCAAUGCAGUCAAGAGGAAGAUUCUGGUGCUGGACCUUGACGAGACCCUAAUCCACUCCCACCAUGAUGGGGUGGUUAGACCCAAAGUGAGACCAGGCACUCCACCGGACUUCAUCCUAAAGGUGGUAAUCGACAAACAUCCUGUCAGGUUUUCUGUACAUAAAAGACCACAUGUGGACUUCUUCUUAGAAGUGGUGAGUCAGUGGUAUGAGCUGGUGGUUUUCACGGCCAGUAUGGAAAUAUAUGGCUCAGCCGUGUCUGACAAGCUAGACAGGGACAUCCUGAAACGAAGAUACUACAGACAGCACUGUACAUUGGAUCUGGGUAGUUAUAUUAAAGAUCUUUCUGUGGUGCACAACGAUCUAUCUAGCGUAGUCAUCCUGGACAACUCGCCUGGAGCCUACCGCAGCCACCCUGGUUCACCUCAGAUGUCCGAUCUGUCCUCAGUCGAAACCUCCAUCAGCAUCGGCUAUGGGGAUUCAUCCAUCGGAGCUAGCAUCAGCAGCUCCACUGCCUCUCUUUUUAGAACGCCUUAUCUCCUGGUUGUUGCACGACCCCUUCCUCUGCUCUGCCCACAUCUCCAUGGUGUGACCCUUUUUAAGAAGAGGGAGGACCAAGACUGGGGGCCACAAAUACAGAGGUGGGCGCUACGUAUAAGGAAAAGUGGAGAGGGCCAGCUUUCUUUUUCCUGAAUGGAAACUCUUGCCUUAGUCCUUGGAUUCUGGGAAUUCAAGUAUGCUUGCAUUAGUUACAUUUUCUUUUUUUUAGAUGAAAUAUUAAGUAUUUUUAACUAUUGACUAAGGAAAUACUGAUGAAAUGAGACUAAAGAAACCAGUCCUUCCUUAUUUCCCAUCCCAUCUUAUUAUCGUUUAUGCCCCUUGAACGCAACUCUCUCCACUACUAUACCCAGUCUAUCAUUCUUUCUCAACAUUUCUGUAAAUAUUUUGCUUUUAUCAUCUACCUUCUCAGGUAACUGUCAUUUUAAUAGUUUGGUUCUGGAGUUAAGUUAAGAUUAAGGAACAACUAAUAGAUAACUGAUCAACAAGCCUAAAUAGAACUGAAGAUUUACUCAGUGGUUAGGGAUGGACUGGGUCGGGCCAGGUUGGCAAUAUCUUUCAAUUAUUGGGAUGUGUGGAUUUUUACAAAAGGGUUGAACAGGGUGAUAUGAAGUAAUUUUUGAGUUAUUUCUCCCUUGUUGAGAAAAUAUGUUUUACUCUAAAAUAAUUUGUUCUAUUCAGAGAUUUACAAAAAUAACUGAAAAUUACUUGAAUGUUGUUUAGUUGAAAGAGAUGUAAGAUUGUUAACGUACUUCUCCAUCCACAGAGCAAAGAUGGGUUUUCUUUUUGAUUAUUCAACAAGCUUUCUAUUCAUGAGUGUGUGUUCUUCCUUGGACUUUUUAAAGCCUGAUUUAUACCCAUUCACUUUCAACCAUGUACACAUUAUCACAUGUACUUUAAUGUAACCCCAACAUGCCUGCCCAUUGAACAAUGUGUUGGUCAAAAUCACGUCUAUCAGUGUUUCCAAUAAAAUGCUAGGCAUCAUA